UGUUUCUGUAUUCUUCUCUUAGGGCACUCUCAGAAGCAACGCGGCGACCAACGCCUCCUUCUCUCUCUCCCCCUUCGACGGCAUGAUCGGGUCAGGUAACUGACGCCUCGCGUCUCUUUUAUUUUCUCUUGCUCAGUGGAUUUCUUUCCUUCUUUGCUUUCCUUGUAGUUUUUUUCCAGUUUCUUGAGCCUGUGUUUGGUGAGGAUAUCGUGUGUAUGCGAUCUAUUGUUUCUUCUUCUCGAAUCGAAGUAUUCGAGCCGUGAUGGAGUUUGGGAUGGGAAGAAUUUGUUUCUAGAAAAAAAAUAAGGAAAGUUUUCUGGGAUCUUUAGCGGUUUCUAACAGCUGCAAGGGUUUUCUGCUUCGGUUGCCUGUCCUUGAUACCGUCGAAAAUAUUGAUGGAACCGCCAUUGAUUUCGAUGACCAUCGCGGUUAUUUUGACCGCGUUUGUUUUUGAAGUGGGUUGCCUAGCGGGAUGGAAGACUAAAAGUUCCUUUUUUCCAUGUAUAAAUUGAAUGUCCGUUACGAUCGUGCACUGAUUGGUGAUAUAAACCUUUGGUAGAAGAUGGACUCUUGAUUCUUAUGGUUCUUAUGGGCUGCAUGUUUUCGGGACAAAAGCUACACCUCUCCAUGAUCAGCAUUUAGCAGUAAAAUUUUUCUUAGUGAUCGUAAGCUUUUGACAGUUUGGACUUCCGAGUGUCUCUUUGUCAUCUUUGAGAUCAUGUGUUGUGCUGGAAAAUUGUUGGUCUUCCAUGUUUCAAGAACUAGCGAGUUGACAACAAGAAGCUUUAGCUUGGACGGUAAAUGGUUUUUGGGUUAUGCCUGAAAUGAUUCAAGUCACAAUUGCUUGCUGAGAAUUGCUUCACGAUGAACUUUCUUCAUGAAUCGGGUCUGACUACUUAAUUACAUCCACGGUUGAUAAAUUGAUCCAGCAAGAAACAGAGUUUGUGGGCAAGAUCAUAUUGACUCUUCUUCCUUCCUAGUCGUUGCCAGGAAUUUAUGGCUGAUUUUUUUGUAGGCUACCUCUGUCUGUUAUAUAUUGUUAUUUGUCUGGUGUUAGAAAUAUUACUGCAGCUGGGUCAUGCAUUAGUUAAUAUAUUGUACAAUGCGGUUCCUUUGCGAGUUUUAUAGCAUGUUUCCACUGCAUAGAUUGCCGAUUCUGCUAUAUCUAGAACCAUAACUCUGUUCGGAUGUAUGCAGCAGCCGAAUCAGAAGUAUGAUAUUCUUGAGAAGGUUGGAUGCUUGACUUGUGCAUCUGAUUUGCGUUCAUGCUUAUGCAAAAGCAUGUCAAUGAGUAGGAGACAAGCUGAAGGGCAAGAAUUACAAUGUUUAAGUGAAACUGGUCUUUUCCAUGCAGUAUCUGAUACCAUGUAAAAGAAGAAAAAGAGUCCAUCUAUAGCAGAAAAUUUCUCAUUUAUGAUCGUUAUCAAAAAAGCAGGGGACGUUUGCUGAACAGAAUGGGAGUUAUAACUAAUAAAAAUUAAUUAGCAUCUCUUCCCACCUUAUCCUCAUUCAUUAAUAUGUUCUUACUUUUUAUCGCCGGUAUCAUUGGGUUAAACGAGUCAACUUGAUUAAAGAUUAAAGAGACUUGACAUCAGCUUAAACGGACUCUUGUAUCUGCUCUAUUCUCCGUGUGUCACAGGUCAUAUGCUGUUAGUGUACGGCUAUUUGUCUUUUCAAUUUCUGACUGUUCCAUUGGUGUUGGCAGAUUGAAAGGCUUUGGAUGAUCAAAGACUCCUUUUUCCUUAUGAAAGCCUGGUCGCAGGAGUUUUCAUAAGAUGCUUUAUGUGUGAGCUUGAGUUAUGUUGCAUGCACAGUGAAAUCAAAUAGUCACAGGGCAGUAGAUUUUCAUUUCAUCGGCUAUAACCUAAAUAAUGCAGAAUUCUGAUGAUGAAAAGCUUGGGGUCAAUCCUCAUGGCAAACAGGAUAGUGAUUUGAUUUCAGGUAUACCCAUCAAGAAAAGGCCCUUGAUUUUAGCUCAAUCUCCGCCGCCUCCACCUCAAACACCAUCUUCGCGAGAUAACGAUUGUGGUAAACCACAAAAGAAUCUUCAUUGCUUGGGGACAAAGCCUGCUGUUUCGGAAACUGAUGGACUGCCAGCUUCAGGGACCGACUUUACCGUCAAGGGUUCUUCCUCUGAAUCUAUAAGUGACACAAACAUAGUUGCAAAUCAAGAAGGUCGUUCUGGUUUAUCUCAUCAUGAAGAGGGGCUAAAUAUGGCUCCUAGUUCUGAUAAGGGAACAUGUGCUGGAAGCACGCUACAACUAUCAACACUGAAGGAACUGCUUGAUCUUCCUGUAAGUGAAAGAAGUACUGGAGGGGUGUUUGUUCCAAGUGAUAAGUCCGCAUUUCACAGAGUUUUAGGUAAUACAGCAUUUCAAAUGACACUUAAAGGGCCAUUUACACUGUCCAACGAUGCGCAAACUAGUGAAAGGAGUUCGGCAAAGCUAGAGAAACUAGAAAUCUGUUGUGAUCAUUCUUCAGCUGACAAACAGCAAUGUCUUCAAAGCAGAUGUAGCAGUGCUGAAGCAAAAGGUGACUCUGCAUUUCCAUACUCAAAUAGGUCAAAUUGGGAUCUGAAUACUACAAUGGACACAUGGGAAGGCUCCUUGAAUGACCCAAACCAUGAAACUGGUGGGUACGAGGCAGGUCUUGUGUCAACAUUUUCUAGGGAAUCUAAUUGGACUGAUGAGACACUUGGAAACUGUCAGCAUUUAAAUGUUGAACACCUAAUGUCAUCCAACUCAUUAUUGCCUAUAAAUGAGCUCCACAACUCAGCGCCUUGCCUAAGCUCACAAUGUAAAUCAGUAAGCAAUUCUGAGUAUUGCACUACUUCGGGUGCUGCUUGUCCUUCUGUUAGACUUAACUCUAUUACAGAAAUGCCUCUUCCAAGUUCAUUGGUGAAACCUAUUCCCCCAACCUGCAAUUCAAAGUUGCCUACUUGUGGAGCUGUAAAAGCUGAACCAUGUGAUGAAAGCAGUGAUUCGGAUGCCAGGAAAGUCGAAACAAGUUACAUGAAAGCAGCUGGUUGUAAAGAUGUAAAAACUGAACAAUGCAAACGUUUAGGAGAUGCAGUGAAAGCAACAGGUGAUGGUGAUCUAAAAUCAGCAUGCAAAGUAGCUGUAAAAUCAAAGCCACUUGAGAAUCAAACUCAACAGAACCUUGGGAGGUGGAAUGAAAAAUCAUUUAAGAUCGGGCUCAAUUAUAAUUUUUUGACACCUGGUAGUACAGACAUGUCCCAGCGUGAAAGUGAAUAUUUUAACGAGGCCUCAAGCUUGAUAUCUGAAUCUCAGGUUUUGAGCACUAAUCAUGAUGGGUCAGAGCUGCCUCUGGGAUGCAUUCCUCCGAAUGUGAAAGAGAAUGUUGGUGGGGCCACAGAACAUUCUGUUCAAACUCUUAACCUCCAUAAUUAUAUGCCAUGCAAUGGUGGAGAGAUUCCUAUCAGUACCGGCCUUCCCCAAAAUGCAGGCGGAAUUGUCAACAAAUGUUCGAAUAUGUUUUCAGAAGCCCACAUUUCUGGGGCUGAGGAUUUAAAAUCUGCCAAGGAAGCAUGGGAGACAGCUGAAGCCAAGUCAAAUGGUACUGUCAAGGUUAUUGCACAACUGCGCUGCUCAGAUGGUGUUAGUUAUCAUUCCUCUGAAUCUACUGUAGCAGAUGAACUUCAUGCAGGCUUGCAUGGAAAUAGCAAGGUAGAUGAGGUCCAGGAGGUGAAGAUUGCUGUAUCUGCUGAGAUCAAAGAAGAAUCACAUGACAAUAAAUACAAAGCAGAUAGUUCUUGUCAUGACACUGGUGCUAUAAAUAUUGUUCGUAAUCAGAGUGGCAAAAUUGAUGAUUAUGAAGACGGUGAAGUGAUGGAUGCAGCAUUGCAUUGUGGAUUUGAAGGUUCUUGUGAGGAAGGAAAAGAGAAACAGGUAAAUGCUACAAGUGAUGCUGAUCCGAUUCAUCAUCUUGAUGUUUCCAUCAUGAUGCCUUCAAGUGCAGAUGUACAGGAAAACAGAAUAGAGAAUUUGGACAAGUUAAAUAAUGUUCAAGGCACUGAAGAGGGUGAUGUUGGUCUAUGCGAUGACAGGAAUGAUGAUGGCAUCAAUAAAACAACAAAUGCUCAUGAAUUUGCAGCUGUUGGAGGCGUAAUUUCUGGGUCUUCUGAAAAGAGGCUCAUUAAGACCAUUUCUAAUAAUUGUUGGGAUCAAUCAAAGAGAGACAAGGACCCCGAAACAAAAUCGCCAUCUGAUGGUUCUCUUCAUGCAGGAACAAUCAAAGAAGGUAGUCGGGGUGAGAUUGUCAGACAAUUGGAGAAGAAUUCGAGGGGAUCUGAUUCUCUGCAAGCUAAAGCUUCUGUUUUGUCCAAAACAGAAUCAGAUAAAAAUGUUGACGGAAUAAAACAUGUUGGUAGUAACCGAGGGCGCAUUAUUGAUCUGAAGUCUGCAGGAGAUGGAUUAGCAUCUGGAAAACCAAAAUCUUUGGCUGACAAGCCAUUAUCGUCACUACCGGUGAGGGAAGAUGCCAUUGGUAAAUUACGGAGGCAAGAUAAAUCACAUUACUGGGGGAGUAGAGAUGAAAACGGCAUUGACAGAUCCAGGAAAUUUGAAAGCAAGAAGAACUAUGAGUGGUUAGUUGCAAAACAUGGAUCAGAUUUCAGACGCAUUAGGAGUAAAGAGCGCAACGAGAUAAGAUCAUCACAUGAUGAAAGAAACUCUGAUCCUGGGCAUUUAUUGGAACAAGUUAAUAGUUCAAGUGGUUACCGAUUUCCUGGACCUAGAUAUGCAUCUGAAGUUGUGUCCAGGGGGUCUAUUGGAAAUGCUGGUAGGAUGGCAAGGAAGCCCAUCAGUGAUGAAUUUCAGACCUCCUCUCAUAUGCGUUAUAAAAGGCGUUCUCCUGGGGAAAGAGGACGAGAACCAGUUGGCAUUCAAAUGAUCCACCAUCUUCAUCCUAUGAGGGGUAUCAGCCCUAGCAGGCGCAUUGGUAGAGAUGUUCCUGAUUUUGAACUACUGGCUCGUGAAGAAAACCUAUUGAGGAACUUGCCAAAUGACAUGGUGAAGCCUCCUUUUCUCUUGCACCCACAUUCGCAAUAUGAACAAGCAGAGGGCACUGUCAACCGUCGAGUAAGGAGGAGCCUAUCACCUAUUCGGCAAGGAGGCUCAAAACAUAGACCUCACAUGUUCUCAGAAAUUUCUCCAAUGUCUGAUAUGCGUUCUCUGCAUCAGUGGUCCCCAUGCAGAAGAUCAUCUGAUGUCUUAGAUGGACAUCCAGAGCUAAUCCGCUGCAGGUCUCCACCAGUUGUCGGGCUUGGUGGAAUGAGGCCACCUCAUCAGCAUGCUUAUUUUAUGGAAGAUAUGAUGGUCAGAGAGCAGGGUUCUCCCCCUUAUGUUGCACGGUUACCUGGUGAUAUGGUAGAUAUUGGUCCUUCAAGGGAGCAUGAUUAUCGAAGGUCUGUUAGGCAUCCUUCAAGGAAUUUUCGAAGGUUUGAAUUGAUUGACUCUUGUGAAAUUGCAGAUGAAGAACUUUGUUCACCGUUGCUCCGCAGACAAUUUCAUGAACCUGCAGGAGAUGAUGACUAUUCUGCUGAUCGAAGAAAGUACGAAGAGAGGCAUGAACCUGUUCGUUCUACGAGGCACCAUUUCAGCAUUCGUGAUGAUAAUAGCGUGAAUUUUGAUUUUCACGCUGAGAAUGAUCUUCGGAAUUUUAGGCAUUGUCGUGAAGCUAAUGAACAAGUUCCUGAAAGAGGCAGCUUGGGGAAUUUUGACAGAAAUAUUAGAAACCGACUAGGAAAUGCAUUUAGCAGACUGAGAGGCGUUGAAGAGCCCCAAGAUAACUAUAGAUAUCACGAAGAGCCGAGAAGACGGCAUGACGCCAGCUACAGUAAUGGUAGACCAAAGAGGAGAAGAUUCUAGCUUUGUCUUAUUUGAUUACAAGCCAACAAAUGGUCAUGCAUAUAUGAUUGGCCCAUGUCUCUUGUUGAUUUGGACCAGGUGCUGACCUGAUACAUGCCAUUUAAGGCUUUAAGCAAUAAGAAGCCUAAGAUAUGGUACAGCAAACCAAUAAAGUGGUGGGAAGAAUCAGAUUUUGGCCGUUUAUUUUAUAGAUAUCAAAUUUUGGCCUUGGAAGAGGAAGAACUAUGUUCGCAGAGAUAUGCAGUUGAGGCGAAUGGUUUGGUUCUUAUUGAACUAGUUUGCAUCUGUGACAUCCAAACAAUCUUAUUUGGAAGAAUUUUAUGGCUGUAGGAUCUUUCAGUUAUGUAUCAGAGGUCUGUACAAGAAACUCUACUUCUUGGACCGUCGAUGCUCGAUGGUGGCUUGUACCUUCCUGUUAGCCACAUUUUAUCAUAUAUUACCAUAUUGACAUUUGCAAUUUGCAUUAACAUAAAAUCAAAUUAUCUGAUGAAUAACCACAAAGUGGCAUCUGGUUUCACUACUUGACCACAAGAGCUGAAAAAGUGGGGAAAAUUGAAAAUAAGAAUGAAAGAUGAGGGCAACAGAAGAAUUAUUGGCUGAAAAAUGGGAUGUGGAUCGGGUACUCUUUUAAGCCCCAGCAUGGUGUUCUUGAUGGCUCUGAGCUGACCAAUCCUGCUAGCUUGAAACAUUUGAAAAUGAAUUUUGGUUGAUGAAUCUAUUAAUGCCUGCGUCGUCAUUAAGUCGAGUCUUGAGGUUGGAAAAAUAUUCGGUCUUAAUCAUCUGUGAUAUGCCUGCCCCUGAAGGAAUUAUUUCCAGGAAGAUACUAUUAUUGUACAAUGUCAGUGAUGUUGAGUUGAGAGCUUUACAAGAUCCAUUACGUCCAAUGUCAAAACAUCUGUGAUAUGCCUGCCCCUGAAAGAAUUGUUUCCAGGAAGAUACUAUUAUUGUAUAAUGUCAGUGAUGUUGAGUUGAGAGCUUUACAAGAUCCAUUACGUCCAAAUGUCAAAAAAUAAGGAGUGGAGGAAAGAAGUUGCCAGCAGAUAAACACCAUCUUCCAUGGUCUAACAGGCUUCUGCUGUUAACUGAGUGCUACUCUGCUAGAUUGGUGGUGACUGAUUAAGACGUUACACUAGGACUUUUUCUCAUGCUAAUCGAAAAGCAGAAGACUUUUCUCAUGCAUGGCUAGCUGCUUUUCAUUGGUAAUGAGAAGGUUCGUGGAACUUUCACUGUUUUAUUACGUUGCUUGGGAGACUUAAUCUGUGGUCUCCGUUUGGCAAGCAUGAGUCUUGUGGAUUGGUAUCUAUUAUUGGACGAAAAUUUGUAUCUGAAUAUCCAACCUGUUUUCUGAA